AUGCAGACAUUGAGUAGAUUCCUACUUCACUUGCAGUCUUCUUUGAAGAAAACAUUUCCUGACACUUCUUGCAGUGUGCAAUUGCUCCCUGGAUUGAAUUUUCUAUCUCUGAAUUUGCACUGCUGCACCUUUUCAAAUAGCUGUCGCGCUUGGCAUCCAUAUGAUUUGUUUGAAAAUGAAAAUAAAGUUGAGCCAGACACAGAUGAAGUUGAUGAUGAUGACUUGUUCGCCGAAAGUAGUUUGAUGCUGACUGAGAAUGAUCUUCUGUGCUGUUGGGAUGGUCUUAUAGGUUGCACUCCAAAAGCCAUCUCUACUCAUAAUACAAAUGGAUCUUGUGUUGAGGAGAUGAAUAAUGUUGCGUUCAUGAUAAAUGCCAAGCUUAAAUCUCAGGUGGACCAAUUCAACAAGUUCUAUGCUGAUUCCAAAUCCAUAUUUAUAAACAUCAGCAAAUCCAUCUUUAUAAACAUCACAUCCGGAAGCCUUGACAGUUCCCUUGGUUUCACUGUUGCAAAUGCUUCUUGCUGCCCAUCAUCGAGGACAAACGGGUUAUGUAUUCCUAAUCAAACACCAUGCGAGAAUAGAACCACAUACGUCUUUUGGGAUCAAUUUCAUCCCACUGAGGCUGCCAACCGAAUCAUUGCAAUAAAUUCAUAUAAUGGUUCUGAUCCAGCACUCACUUACCCAAUGGAUAUCAAGCACCUUGUUCAGACCUGA